AAACACCAUACCAAGACCUUGACAACGUUCCACAGAACGUGGGUACCACUCCUUUGCCAUCACUAUUUACUCCAUUCAAAUAAUAUCUUUUAUUUUUUUUUAACCCUUCUCUUUAAAUACACACACACAUAAAGCUGCAUAACCCUCCAAGACCACAUAUCUUGACACAGAUUUCAAACGAGAACAAGAAAAGAAAAAGAAGAUAAUGAAGAAUCGCAUUACUUAUCGUCCUGAAAAAUUAUGGGUCCUUAUAGUUGCAAUCAUGGGUCUAAUAAUAGGCGGGCUGAUGCUGGCUACAUUUAUUCGAUCAGGCACAGCAGAUAUGACCUUUCUGUGCUCACUAGCCACUUCAAAUGGUCGCGCCACUGCAGAAUAUGCAGCAACCCCAAUCCAGCUCCAAGCAAUCAUUCACUACGCCACUUCACGCGUAGUCCCGCAACAAUCCUUGGGCGAAAUCUCUGUAACUUUCAAUGUUCUUAAGUCUCUUGCUCCUUGCAACUUUCUUGUUUUUGGCCUCGGUCAUGACUCCUUAAUGUGGAGCUCUCUUAAUCCACAUGGUACUACGCUUUUCCUCGAAGAAGAUCCCAAAUGGAUCCAAACUGUCCUCGCGAACGCCCCCACCCUUCACGCUCACGCCGUCCAGUACCGGACGCAGCUACAGGAGGCUAACCAGUUGCUCUCCAGUUACCGGUCCGAGCCUUACUGUUUGCCGAGUAAAGCUUAUUUACGCGGCAACUAUCGCUGCAAGCUCGCCUUGACUGGAUUGCCCGAUGAGGUUUAUGACAAGGAGUGGGACCUUAUCAUGAUUGACGCGCCGCGAGGAUACUUCAAUGAAGCCCCUGGAAGAAUGGCGGCGAUAUUCUCUGCGGCGGUUAUGGCCAGAGCGAGGAAAGCUUCCGGUGCGACGCAUGUGUUCUUGCACGAUGUGGAUAGGAAGGUUGAGAAGAUUUAUGCGGAGGAGUUUUUAUGUAGGAAAUAUUUAGUCAAGGCUGUCGGUAGGUUAUGGCAUUUUGAACUGCCUCCGGCUGCUAAUGUGAGCCUGACCGGCGAUUCGUUUUGCUAAAAUGUGCCUCGGUGGAUGCAAUUUUUACUGCUGCUGUUGCUAUGGUCUGUUAAAUUAUUUAUAGGUCGGAAGAAGAUAAAAUUUGUUAAUUUUGAA